UUCAGUUUCAGUUUUGUUUUUAUUUGGUUGCUUUCUCUAGCUGCCAUUGGAUGGCAGGUCUGCAACUUGUUACGAACUGACUUGGUUAUUUCCUGCUUACUACUCUAACAUGGAGCCUCUAGUUCUCUAAUAUGGAACCUUUGAAGCUCUCCUUUUUGUUGAUGGCUGUGGCCCUGCCGGAGAUCAAGGCAGGAGUUCAUUCUCUGAGGUAUUUCCAAACUUCCAUGUCUCAGCCCGGGCUCACAAAGCCGAGGUUCAUUUCGGUGGGCUAUGUGGACGAUCAGGCGUUCGUUCGCUUCGACAGCGACAGCGCAGGUCUGAGGGAGGAGCCCAUGGUGAUGUGGUUGGACAAGAGUAACCAGAAUUACUGGGAGAGGAACUCGCGUGUCAUCUGGGAGACUGCACGCACUUUCCAAGUGGGCCUGCAGAAUCUGCAGUUCUAUUACAAUCAGAGCGAGGGAGCUCACACAUAUCAGCGCCUGGUCGGCUGCGAGGUGACUUACGACUGGAUCUUCCUGAGGGGUUUUGAGCAAUUCGCUUACAAUGGGCACGACUAUAUAUCCCUGGAUCUGACAACUCUGAGUUGGACCGUGGCAGAGCCUACGGCUCUUAACUCCAAGCUCAAGUGGGAGGCGGAGCGCAGCAUCGCCCAGAGACAGAAAGAGUAUCUGGAGGAAAAGUGCGUUUACUGGCUGCGCAAGUACCUGGAGUACGGGAAGGAGAAAUUGCUCCGAGCAGCUCCUCCCUCUGUUCGAAUUACCCAUCGUACCCAUCCUGAUGGUAAGGUGACCCUUCAGUGUCGGUCCCAGGACUUUUACCCUGCUGAGAUCUCUCUGACUUGGCUAAGAGAUGGGGAAGAACAGCACCAGGACACAGAGUUCAUCGAGACCAGGCCUGCUGGAGAUGGGACCUUCCAGAAGUGGGUGGCUGUGGAGGUGACCUCGGGCCAGGAAGGGAACUAUAUCUGCCGAGUUCAGCACGAGGGGCUGCCUGAGCCCCUCACCCUGAAAUGGGAGCCAGAGUCCUCAUCCCCCUGGAUCAUUGUGGGGGUCCUUGCUGCUGUCUUCCUCCUCAAUGCAGUCAUUGCUGGAGCUGUGGUCUGGAGGAAGAAGACUUCAGGUGGAAAAGGAGGGGACUAUGUUCAGGCUGCAGGCAAUGAUAGUGCACAGGGAUCAGAUGUCUCUCUGACAGCCAAAGCUUGAGAGAAUUGCCAUGUGUGGAUCUGAGAAAGACAACAAGGAUAUUCACAUCCUAAUUCUUGUCUUGUUCCUGUUGACCUUUGCCUUCCCUCCCCAGAUUGGCCCCUGUGAUCAUCACUAUACUCUACUGAGCAAAUUUAGAGAAGCAUCUCUAAUGCCCUCAAUCUAUUAUCUAAGGCCUCCCAUACCUUCCUUCCUUCUUUCUACCUGUUUCAGUUUUUAGGCAGUAAAACUAGCAGUAAAAGCCAAAAGACUUUGGAAAUGAUCUUUCCUUAACAUAUUUUUU